ACCGCCCGCCGCCUCCCUUCGCUCCAGCCCCCGGCCUCCCUCCUCCGUCCCUUCCGGGGUCCCGAGAAGACGAGAAGCGGCGCCCCUGAGGAGAGGUUUUGUGUGUGAGGGCUUGGCUGAGGAUGGCAACAGAUGAUCUAGGCCUUGGGACAAAUGUUUUGAUAGUUCUCCAUCCGUCCCUCCCUGCCGCCACCACCCACCCAUCUCUGCUCCCCAGAUUUUUGUUGUUGUUUCGAGGUUGAACAAAGAUUAUCCCUUUGCUUAGGGUGGAAUUGAAAACAGGCUGACUCAAAAUGAAGGACAUUGGAGUUGAAGAACAGAUGAGCAGUUGGCUCUUCAGGCAGCUGAAAAUCCAUUUGGAGCAAGAAUGGAAAUACCAGCCUCGGGAAAAGGGGCUUAGCUUGAUUGAGUGCACUGUUGAGAAUGAAAACGCCUUAUGUCCAAGACUGAGGAAUGCAAAAGUUGAAGAUCUCUGGAGUCUUACCAACUUCUUCGGGUUUGCCACAGAAACAUUUGUCUUGGCGGUCAACAUCCUAGACAGAUUUUUGGCACUCAUGAAGGUGAAACCUAAGCACUUGUCCUGCAUUGGGGUCUGUUGCUUCCAGCUGGCUGCUCGAGUGGUUGAAGAGGAAUGCAACAUCCCCUCCCUCCAUGAUGUCAUCCGGAUUAGCCAAUGCAAAUGCACUGUGUCCGACCUGAAGCGGAUGGAGAAAAUAAUCUCAGAAAAGCUGCACUUUGACUUCAAAGCUACUACUGCCUUAACCUUUUUGCACUUGUACCAUACUAUUGUACUCUGUCAUACCUCAGAAAGGAAAGAAUUGUUGAAUCUUGACAAACUGGAAGCACAACUUAAAGCUUGCAACUGCCGACUAGUCUUUUCAAAAGCAAAACCAUCCAUCUUGGCCUUGUGCCUUCUGUCCCUGGAAGUGCAGGCUCUGAAAUCCAUUGAAUUGUUUGAGAUGGUUCUGUAUGUUCAGAAGCACUCAAAGAUAAGUGACAGUGAUUUGCUCUAUUGGAGAGAGCUGGUUUCAAAAUGCUUAGCGGAUUACUCGUCUCCUGCCUGUUGCAAGCCAGACCAUAAAAAACUAGUUUGGAUUGUUUCAAGGCGUACUGCUCAGAAUCUUCAAAACAGCUACUACAGUGUUCCUGAGUUGCCCACAAUCCCAGAGGCUGGAUGUAUUGAUGAGAGUGAGAGUGAGGACUCCUGUGAAGAUAUGAGCUGUGGAGAAGAAAGUCUUAGCAGUUCUCCACCAAGUGACCUGGAAAGCACCUUCUUCUUUGACCUCAAGCCAAAAUCAACUCCGUGUGCUAGGCUGAGCUAUUAAUACAUUAUAGCACUAUAGGCAACAAGUAUCUAAGCACCCUCUGUACCUUGACGCAAGGUCUCAUGCAGUACCCAAAACAUACACACCACUUACUGUGGCAAAAGUCAAAUGUAGCAGGGUUGAUCCAACCAACCAUUUAGGUCUUUAUCCAGUGAGGAGCAUGAACAAGUGCACACAGUUUGUUAGUAGGCUAUAAGAGAGCUGUAAUGCUUGAUAUGUGCUUGAACGCCUUGCUGAAUAUGGGGAACUAUUUUUGGGAUAGAGUGAGUUGCAAAGAAGUGUAUGCUUGUUUCUGUCUGGACUGAAGUACUUUUAACCAAAACUUGAGUUGUGCAUUCUUUUUUAAGAAAGGAAUUUCUCUCUCCUUUUUUUAAAGCUUUUUUGAAUUUCAGGAAGUGUAUUAAAUAAGGAAUAUGCUUGUGUUAUUUAGGGAUGAAUAAUGUCCCCUUUUAAAGUGAAAACCAGAGGGUAAUCUGGUUCAAUGUGCCAGGUAUAUUUUAGUGUUAAAACUUCUCAAGGGUCGGCUUUCCUAUCCAUUUUAGGAACUGAAGUGUAUUCAGAAAACCUUAGUGUUAAUGUGAAAAAGCAAACUAUUAAAUUAGAAAUUUUGACAUUCAAUGUAAAGUCUACUUUCCCUUUUACUACUACUAACUCCUGUAGCUUUUUCCCAGUAUUUUACAUUGUCAUAAAUAAUUUCUUAAUCAUAACACGUUUGCAUGCUUAAGUGAAAGCUGUUAGCGGAAAGGCUAUUUGAUUAUGCAGAAGUGUUGGUAAAUGUGAAGUUGAUGAAAGUGGUUGUAAUGACACUUAAUUGCUUGCCAUUUUCUUUUCUCUUAAAGCACAGACUUUUAUGGUUGCUUUACUUAAUAUUUUCAAAUAUAUGCAAAGUGAGCAAAAGAAGAAAUUUACUCCGUAGUAUAAUAAUGUAAAAGCAAUGUCAUGGUAGAAAUGAAGGGGCUGCGUAAGUUAGGAUUUUGUAGCAUUGUGUGGCCAACGUGUCUAGGCUGAAGUGCAGAUGUGAAUGGUGAUGUAUGGUGUGCUCUGAUUUUUAUAAAGGAAAAAAAAAGUUUACAAAAAUUGUGUAAAAAUGUAAAUUAAAAUCUGUAUAAAAACUUUAAAAAACAAAAUAAGCUGAAAAAUAUUGUAUUUUUACAGUGUGUAUGUAACUUUCAUGUAUGUUGCAUGUAGAUAUUAAUUUAUUGUAUUCUGUAUAUGAUAUAAAUACUGUACAUUGAAGAUUUGCCUUUUUGGUACUGCAAGCCAGAGUCUCAAAAAGAUGUUUUCUGAAAGCUAUUUUCUCUCAAAGAUAACUCAGAUCUCUUUGCUUCAGUUCAAUAAAACCAAAUGCUUUUCCUAA